AUGGAUACUUUCAUCGACUCUGUUGUCUCCCAGACUCUACACCUGAGCAUUGGUGAUGCGUACUUGUCUUCACUUACUAUCCAACUCAUCAGCUUCUACGAGAACAGCACCGGCAAUGCCGACUUUAUGAGCAGCGACAAACUCGAGCAGGCAUUUUACCGAGCACUGUGCGCCUUCCCUGUCUAUGCAGGCAUGGUUCAUUGGAGCUCUAACGGGCUGCUGGAGGUGUCAAUUGACAAGGACAACUUGAACAUGCCCGGCUAUACUGAAUCGACGACGGAUAUCCUCUUCGGCGAUCUCAAGGCAGCGAAAUACAAUCCUGUGAGCUGGCCGCCUGGUCUGCUAUCCGUUGAAACAACGCCACUACCUGACGCCAGAGAUGGGAAAACCAGGAUGCUCAAUGUGCAUAUUGUUCGGUGCAAGGACAAUUCAGGCGUAAUUAUCUUUGUCUGCGGUAACCAUGCUAUCGCCGAUGGCACUGGGUUCUACACGUUCAUUCAGCGGUGGGCAGAUGAAAUGCGUGCGCUGGUCAAGGGUAUGCCUGCUCCUACAGAUACAUUCUCGUUCGAUCGGUCGAUCUUAACUGAUGCCUCUGCUCUAUCACGCAGAGAACUGGAUUCCGAAGAACUCGAGCAGGUCCAGUCGCUGUUCUCGACGGAGCGCAACAGGGAAUACCAGAAGGGCAUCUUAGCCAGUGGCAACAAAGGCAGCCUGUAUCGAGUUAGCAAGGACAAACUGGAUCGUCUGGGCUCAGAAGUUAGCGUGCAUACCUCUGGAAACAUGCGGCUCUCGGCGAACGAUGUGCUCUCAGCACUGAUAGCCAAAACCCUGGCGCAAGCAGCCAAGGAUCAGACUGAUGACGGUGCUGAUCUGGCUCCUACCUCAUCCAACGUAUCAGCUGUGUUGCCGCUCCAAAAGAUUGGUAUCGCAUGUAAUGUGCGUCCACGUCUGGGUGAGGCAUAUACAAAUUAUAUAGGCAAUGGCCUGUACCCGCUGUCAUUCACACAUUCAUUUGAAAGCUCAGCAUCUGAGACUACAUCGGAGUCUUUGGCUCAGGUCGCAUGCAAGAUCCGCAAAGCUGUCGGCUCAGUUCAGAAACAGCAGGUUACAGAGUUUUUCAACGGCAUCGAGGCUGAUCCGGUGCCAUUUGUUUCGGCGAGAGCUUCGCCUGAUAAGCACAAGCAUGAUACCAUCAUCACCAACCAUUCGCGGUUCAAGAUAUAUGAGCAGGAUUUUGGGUACGGAAUUCCCGUGUUUGCCUCCCCCCGACCGCACUCGACGACGUCAUGUGUGCGGAUACUCCCGGUGCAUCCACCAAGCAAUGACGUCCAUGUCUUCAUCAUCGACACUCCCUCAAUGCUGAAGAGCAUUCGUGGGAACAAGUUCUGGAAUGGCAUCGCUGAGUUUGUGUAUUAG